UUGCCCUAUCAUUUUUAAACAUUUUGCCAUUUUGGUGGAUCCGCGGUAUUCUGCCAGGACUCAGAUUAGGGUUUCUCUUGGAAGACAUAGUAGAUAUAUUGAUCGAAGCAAGGAUCUCCCGAGCAUAUGGAUAUUCAACUAGUUUUGGGGAGUAAUCGACUCGAAGAUGUCAAUUGGCUAUGUUCCCUAUCCGAUUCUGAGCUUGAUAUGCUGAUUAGCUUAAAAAUGAUGGUUCUCCGACGUGCAAAAGUAAUUGGUCAUGAAGAUCUUGCUGAGAAGUUUGAUUUGAAGAUGCUUCGAGCCCUUGGGUUCAUUUUGAUGGAAUAUCUAAGAGGACAGGUUAAGGAUUUGUCAGCUAUUCCAGGCUUGGCUGGGUUGGACAAGUUUUUAAAUGAAUGCAAUUUAUUAAAGUGUAGUCUAAAAGACACAAUAAGCACUGAAGAACUAAAGGCAUGCAUUUGCACCAAUUCAAAAAGGGGAACAGCUGAAAGAUCUAGUAAAGAGCUGGCUCCUAAUCGGAAGAAACAGAAAACUGAAACCAGAGGAAGUGAUCCAGAUCAAAAUGAAUAAGGUUGAAACUAGAAGAUGUUGUAUCAACCGAAAACUGAAACCAGAUGAAGAUGUGGGUCUAAUCACAAGUACCAGAAAACUGAAGCCAGAUGAAGAGAUGGGUUCAAACUCCCAUAAGCCAAGUCCUGUGAUCGGUUUGGAUGAUGGUGCAAAGGUCUCACGAAUGUAUUUGUUACCUUGGGAUAUUUUGCAUUUCCAUCCCCUGUUAAAUGAAAAUGUUUUUUAUUAAA